AUGUCAUCGUUAAAUGUGCCCUCUGCCACAAGAAGGACUCGUGCACUUUCAGUGAACAAGACUGAUGAAGCACAAAGAUCCAGAAUGGAACAGUCACUUGAUAACCUUCAAUACACGUUAUCAGAAGUUGAAUCGCAUUGGAGUAAGACUAUUGGUGAUAAUGCAAAUCCAUUAGAUAUUGCCUUGCCGUUGUUGGAUAACACAUCUGUUGGUUUAGCUCAUAGACACCGUGAGUUUUUAGAUCUAAAAGAUAGAAUCUCCAAUGGGCUACGUCAGGCUGUUAAUGAACAUUUCCAAGCAUUCAAUGAUAGUGUUGGGUCAUAUCGCUCGGUUGUGCAAAAUAUAGCCAACUCUCAACAUAAUUUGUCCAAAGUUAAAGAUACAAUCAAUUCAACUACAAAUGGUUUGAAUGAAAAAGGCGAUACUAUGAACACACUUAAUGAGAAUUUGAAAACUUAUAAUGAUAUGAUUGAAGUAUUGAAUGUGAUUGAAUACUUGAAAAAAGUUCCGAAUGAAUUAGAAGAUGCUAUAAGUGAGAAGAAUUAUUCAAAAGCUCAAUUUUUAUUACAAUCAGUGUCUUCAAAAUCAAAAACAUACAAUUUAUGGGAACUACCAGCUUUAUCAAACCUUGAAAGUUAUUUCCAACUUCAAACACAACAAUUGUUUGAAAUAUUGAUUGAAGAAAUACACAAUAUAAUUUAUUCCAAGAAAUUGUUCAACACUUUCAACAGUGCUAAUGAAGUUGGUAAAGAUUCAGAUAUUUCAGAUUAUUCAAACAUUGAAAAAUAUUUAAUGAAUGCAAUUGAUGUUGAUAUUUUAGAAGCUGCAUCUGUCAAUCAUUCCAACAUUGAAAACUUUUUGUCAUUCUUGAUCAAUUCAUCAUCGAAGAAUAAGGAAGAUCCAAGUCAACUAGACAAUGAAAAUGAUAUGGCAAAUAUGGUUGCACUAGAUGACGUUAAUCCAUUCAAUCAAUUAUUACAUCUCUUCACUAUUAUAUAUCGAUUGGAUAAAUUACCCACUGCUAUUGAAAUUAUUAUUCAAAGAAAUGCAAAUGAAAUUAAUCAAUUGGUGAAUAGAAUUACCGAAGAUACAAAAUUAAGACAUCCAAAGAUUAUCAAGUAUCUAAAUUCUAAUAUAAAAUCAAAAGAUUUAUCAAGAGGAUUGGGUAUCGAUGAUUCAUUAAAUGAUGAUAAUUUUAAAACAAUGAUUGUUAGAGACUUGUUUUGGAAUUUUUUCAGAAAACUUUUAUUUUUAAUACAGAGUGUUCGUGUUAUAUUGGAGAUUAUUAAAAGUUUGGAAAAUGAUAGUUUUGAAACUGUUAGUGUUGAUGUAUCAAAUUUGAAUGGUACAAGUCCUCAUGGCUCCAAUGACUCUUUGCUAACUUUAAUCAAACUAUGGCACUCUUUGAAAUUUGAAGUUAAAAACUUCAUCACUUCAUAUAUUACAAAUAAUGAUUUAUCAUUAAGUUCAAAAUUGACAAAUACAAGUUCCAUUAUCAAUCAAAAGGACAAGAUGAACAAUAAUGCAUUAUUUCAAUUUUAUAAAGUUAAUUAUGAUGAAGAUCAUUCAAACCAAUUAAAAUUAGUUUUGCAAGAUUUAUUCCCAGGUUUUAUAAAUUCAAAUGAUAUGUCAAAGAUUGAUUCCCCUUAUAUUGAAGAUACAAAAUUUUUAAAACAAACAAGAAUUAUUCCUGCAAAUAUUUUCCAUAUGAGAGUCAUUUUAGAACCUUUUUUAGUAUUUAUUCAAGGCUCAAAGUUGUUAUUGAAUGAACAAGAUAAUGAUGAACCAAUUAAAUUUUUCAAUGGAUUUAUGAAUAAUGAUUUUUUACCGUUAUUAGAGGAAUCUUUUAUCGGUUUUUAUAUUGAUGAAGUUGAAGAGUUAGACCCCUAUGAAAUUUAUGAUGAUGUUACUGAAAAAUCUACAAAUGUUCCACAUAGUCAAUCAAGUGGUGUCAAAAUUUUCAAGAUUUUCAUUGAAUUUAAAAGAUUUUUCAGUGAUAUAUGUUUUGUUUUAAACACAUCAUUACAAUUUAGAAAAGAAUUUUCUGGAAUCAUUUUCAAAAUUUUAAACAAGUUC